AGGUGGCUGUUGCCACUCUUGGUCAAGUUGUACAGAGUACAGGGUACGUGAUCACUCCAUAUAAUGAGUACCCACAGCUGCUUGGCUUGCUCCUGAAAUUGCUGAAUGGUGAAUUAGCAUGGUCUACCAGACAAGAAGUUUUAAAGGUUCUUGGCAUUAUGGGCGCCUUGGAUCCCCAUGGGCAUAAGCGCAACCAACUACGCUUGCCAGGGUCGCAUGGUGAAGGUACCCGUGCAGCCAGUGAUACAGGUCAACACAUCCGGUCUAUGGAUGAAUUACCAAUGGAGCCGUCUUUUGCAACAUCAGAAGAUUAUUACUCGACGGUUGCCAUCAAUUCCCUCAUGCGGAUUCUUAGAGAUCCUUCACUAUCCAGUUACCACCAAAAAGUGGUUGGAUCCCUCAUGUUCAUAUUCAAGUCAAUGGGUCUUGGUUGUGUCCCAUACUUGCCAAAGGUUUUGCCUGAUCUGUUUUACACUCUUCGUACAUGUGAAGAUGGUCUGAAGGAAUUUAUAACACGGAAGCUUGGAACUCUGGUAUUUAUCGUGCGUCAGCAUAUUAGGAAAUAUCUGCCAGAGUUGCUUCUUCUGAUAUCUGAAUUAUGGUCAUCCUUUACUUUGCCAGCUGCUAACCGUCCUGUGCAUGGGUAUCCUGUUUUGCAUCUAGUAGAACAACUGUGCUUGGCCCUCAAUGAUGAGUUCAGAACAAAACUUCCAGAUAUUCUUCCAUGCUGUAUUCAAGUCCUCAGUGAUGCUGAACGCUGUAACGACUACACUUACGUCCUUGAUAUUCUCCACACUUUGGAAGUGUUUGGUGGGACAUUGGAUGAACACAUGCAUCUACUCCUUCCGGCACUCAUACGAUUGUUUAGAGUGGAUGCUUCGGUGGACAUAAGGCGUGCUUCGAUUAAAACUCUAACAAGAUUGAUACCUCGUGUGCAGGUCACUGGUCACAUAUCAGCCCUUGUGCAUCACUUGAAGCUAGUCUUGGAUGGGAAAAGUGAUGAGCUCCGUAAGGAUGCUGUUGAUGCACUUUGUUGUCUAGCUUAUGCCCUUGGGGAAGACUUCACCAUUUUCAUACCAUCAAUUCACAAACUUCUUUUGAAAUAUCGCUUGCGGCACAAGGAAUUUGAAGAAAUUGAAGGGCGUUUACAGAGACAUGAGCCUCUUAUCCUGGGGAGUUCCGCUGCUCAAAGACUAAGUCAACGCCUUCCUAUUGCAGUUAAUAGUGACCUUCUAAAUGAUAGUGAGAAUGAUCCCAAUGAUGAUGGAAUUGAUGUGCAUAGACAACCUAGAAGCCAUCAGGUGAAUGAUGGUAGACUACGCACUGCUGGAGAGGCUUCUCAGCGUAGUACAAAAGAAGAUUGGGCAGAAUGGAUGAGGCAUUUUAGCAUUGAACUUCUAAGGGAAUCACCCUCUCCGGCUUUACGAACAUGUGCUAGGCUUGCACAGUCGCAGCCUUUUGUUGGGCGAGAGUUGUUUGCAGCUGGUUUUGUUAGCUGCUGGUCACAACUGAAUGAGUCUAGUCAAAGACAGCUGGUUCGGAGUUUAGAGAUGGCAUUUUCUUCUCCAAAUAUUCCUCCGGAAAUUCUUGCGACACUUCUGAAUUUGGCGGAGUUCAUGGAGCAUGAUGAAAAACCUCUUCCUAUAGAUAUCCGCCUGCUUGGGGCUCUUGCUGAAAAGUGUCGAGCAUUCGCAAAGGCUUUGCAUUAUAAGGAGAUGGAAUUCGAAGGUGCACGUGCUAACAGGAUGGAUGCAAACCCCGUUGCUGUAGUAGAAGCACUAAUACAUAUAAACAAUCAGUUACACCAGCACGAGGCUGCCGUUGGAAUAUUGAACUAUGCCCAACAGAAGUUGAAUGUUCAACUGAAGGAAUCAUGGUAUGAGAAACUGCAGCGGUGGGAUAAUGCGCUUGUGGCAUACACUACCAAAGCCUCACAAGUUUCAAGUCCACAUCUUGUUUUGGAUGCUACAUUAGGACGGAUGCGAUGCCUUGCUGCAUUAGCUCGUUGGGAGGAGCUUAACAACCUUUGCAAGGAAUAUUGGACCCCUGCUGAGCCAGCUGCUCGGCUGGAAAUGGCACCACUGGCUGCUAGAGCUGCGUGGAACAUGGGAGAGUGGGAUCAGAUGGCAGAAUACGUUUCUCGGUUGGAUGAUGGGGAUGAAACCAAACUUCGGGUUUUGGGAAACACUGCUGCUACUGGGGAUGGAAGCAGUAAUGGCACAUUCUUCAGAGCUGUCCUACUGGUUCGAAAGGGAAAGUAUGAUGAAGCACGCGAAUUUGUUGAGAGAGCAAGGAAGUGUUUAGCUACUGAGCUUGCUGCUUUGGUCUUAGAGAGCUACGAGCGUGCAUACAGCAAUAUGGUUCGUGUUCAGCAGCUGUCAGAGUUAGAGGAGGUCAUUGAUUACUGUACUCUACCUUUGGGGAACCCUGUUGCUGAAGGGCGGCGUGCACUUAUUCGCAAUAUGUGGAAUGAGCGCAUAAAAGGCACAAAACGAAAUGUUGAGGUUUGGCAAGCACUUUUGGAUGUUAGGGCAUUAGUACUGCCUCCUACAGAAGAUGUUGAGACUUGGCUUAAGUUCGCCUCUCUGUGUCGGAAAAGUGGCAGAAUUAGUCAGGCUAGAUCUACUUUAGUUAAACUUUUGCAGUUUGAUCCAGAAACAAGCCCUGAGAUAAUACAAUACCAUGGACCUCCUCAAGUGAUGCUGGCAUACUUAAAAUACCAAUGGUCUCUUGGAGAGGACCAUAAGCGUCGGGAAGCCUUCGCUAGACUGCAGGAUCUUGCCUUGGAGCUCUCAACGUCAACAAAUCUCCAACCAGCCACACCGAAUGGUGUGAUGGGUGUUUCAAAUAUUCCACUUCUUGCCCGUGUAAAUCGUAAACUUGGAACAUGGCAAUGGGCACUAUCUCCUGGUUUGGAUGAUGAUUCUAUAAAAGAAAUCCUGAAUGCAUUUGGGAAUGCAACUCACUAUGCCUCAAAGUGGGCAAAAGCAUGGCAUACAUGGGCUCUGUUCAAUACAGCAGUGAUGUCUCAGUAUACUGUCAGAGGGUUUUCUACCAUGGCAGGGCAGUAUGUUGUUUCAGCUGUCACUGGGUACUUUCACUCCAUAGCAUGUGCAGCUAAUGCUAAGGGAGUUGAUGACAGUUUGCAGGAUAUACUUCGUCUUCUUACUUUGUGGUUCAACCAUGGAGCUACAGCAGAGGUUCAAAAGGCACUGCAGACAGGAUUUUCUCUGGUUAAUAUCAACACAUGGUUGGUUGUUUUACCCCAGAUAAUUGCCAGAAUACAUUCGAAUAAUCAAGCUGUGAGAGAGCUGAUACAAUCACUUUUAGUGCGAAUUGGGCAGAAUCAUCCACAGGCUCUUAUGUACCCCCUUCUUGUGGCUUGUAAAUCAAUAAGCCCUUUACGUAGAGCUGCGGCUCAAGAAGUGGUCGACAAAGUUAGGCAGCAUAGUGGUGUUCUUGUUGAUCAGGCACAACUUGUGUCAAAGGAGUUAAUCAGGGUCGCAAUACUUUGGCAUGAAAUGUGGCAUGAGGCACUUGAAGAAGCCAGUCGUUUAUAUUUUGGUGAGCAGAACAUUGAAGGAAUGUUAAAGGUGUUAGAGCCAAUGCAUGAAAUGCUUGAUAAUGGGGCAAUGGCAAACAACACAACCACGAAAGAGAAAGCUUUCAUUCAGGCAUACCACCAUGAAUUGUUGGAAGCCUAUGAGUGCUGCAUGAAUUAUAAGAGAAGUGGAAGAGAUGGAGAACUUACACAGGCAUGGGAUCUGUAUUAUCAUGUCUUUAGACGGAUAGAUAAGCAGCUUCAUUCCCUUACUACUCUGGACCUACAGUCUGUUUCCCCCGAAUUGUUAGAGUGCCGUGAUUUGGAGCUUGCUGUUCCUGGAACUUACCGAGCAGAUUCACCAGUGGUAACAAUUAAAUCAUUUGCGCCCCAGCUUGAGGUCAUAACCUCGAAACAGCGACCUAGGAAAUUGACAAUUCAUGGGAGCAAUGGAGAGGAUUAUGCUUUCCUAUUGAAGGGCCAUGAAGAUCUACGCCAAGACGAACGCGUCAUGCAGCUCUUUGGAUUGGUGAACACACUGCUGGAAAAUUCUAGGAAAACCUCAGAAAAAGAUCUUUCCAUCCAAAGAUAUUCUGUCAUUCCGCUAUCUCCAAACAGUGGAUUAAUAGGGUGGGUCCCAAAUUGUGACACCUUGCACCAUCUCAUUCGGGAUUACAGGGAUGCUAGAAAGAUCACCUUAAAUCAAGAGCACAAACUUAUGCUUAGUUUCGCUCCGGAUUAUGAUAAUUUGCCACUUAUAGCUAAAGUGGAGGUCUUUGAGUUUGCACUGCAAAAUACAGAAGGAAAUGAUCUGGCAAGGGUCCUUUGGUUAAAAAGUCGCACAUCUGAGGUCUGGCUAGAUAGGAGGACAAAUUAUACAAGAAGCUUGGCUGUUAUGAGCAUGGUUGGUUACCUUCUUGGCUUAGGUGAUCGGCACCCUAGUAACCUAAUGCUGCAUCGUUCCAGUGGGAAGAUAUUGCAUAUUGAUUUUGGAGACUGUUUUGAAGCGUCAAUGAACCGAGAGAAGUUCCCUGAAAAGGUUCCCUUCCGGUUGACUAGAAUGCUUGUGAAAGCUAUGGAGGUUAGCGGUAUCGAAGGCAACUUCCUCUUGACGUGCGAAAAUGUGAUGCAGGUUCUUCGAGCAAAUAAGGAUAGUGUCAUGGCUAUGAUGGAGGCCUUUGUUCAUGACCCCCUAAUAAACUGGCGCCUUUUCAACUUCAAUGAAGUUCCUCAAAUGUCAACUCUGGCCAAUACUCAUGUUCCCGCAGUUGUAAAUAGUGAAGAAACUGCUCCCAAUAGAGAGCUGCUUCAACAACCUCAACGGGGUGCUCGAGAGAGGGAACUUCUACAGGCUGUCAAUCAGUUAGGUGAUGCUAAUGAGGUCUUGAAUCAACGUGCUGUGGUUGUUAUGGCUCGGAUGAGUCAUAAGCUCACGGGGCGUGAUUUUAACACUAGUCCUUCGGUAUCAACAAACUCCAUUCAACAUGCAAUAGAUCACAAUUCGUUGAUCUCUGGAGAUACUCAUGAAGUUGAACAUGGAUUAUCUGUUAAACAACAAGUUGCGAAGUUGAUUCUUCAAGCUAGGUCACAUGAAAAUUUGUGUCAAAAUUACGUCGGGUGGUGUCCUUUCUGGUAAUUGGAAAGCUUGACCACGUUGUACAUAUGUUGUACAUAGCUUUGUAGUACACGUAGUGUUGUAUGUCUUGUCCUUGUUUUUUUCCUAAUUUAUGUCUGAUUGUUAUGGCUGUAUAUAUAGCAUCUCCGAAGCUUUUCUCGUGUAAGGUCCAUGUGCAAAAGCUGAAUAGAAUUUUUUGUAAAUCAUAAUGCCUAGCAAAUUCUUCUCCAGGUCAAUCCAGAAGUCACUUUUGCCUGCUA